AACAGUGGCGGCAGGGGAGGGGUAUGCUCUGGCCAGGGCUUUGGGGAGAGGAUGGCUGAGUGGGAGAGGCGGCGGAGUUCCCCGUGGCCCUCCUUGCGAGAGGCUGGAAGAGCUCGUCUCUCCCUGGAGGGGGUCUCCACCGCGUUCGGGGUGGGAGGUCAGCCGCAGGAUGUGGAAGGGACGGUGAGUGCUGUGAGCGCCCCGACACUGAGCGGGUGUGCAGAGCCUGGCUGCCGCCAAGUAUCUCAUCUUUACAGUGUGGAGCCCCCUGGAGCUAAAAUCAGGAUGUUCCGCUUCAUGAGGGAUGUGGAGCCUGAGGAUCCCAUGUUCCUGAUGGACCCCUUUGCUAUUCACCGUCAGCAUAUGAACCGGAUGUUGUCAGGUGGCUUUGGAUACAGCCCCUUCCUCAGCAUUACAGAUGGCAACAUGCCAGGGACCAGGCCUGCCAGCCGCAGGAUGCAGGCUGGGGCCGUCUCUCCCUUUGGGAUGCUGGGAAUGUCGGGUGGCUUCAUGGACAUGUUUGGGAUGAUGAACGACAUGAUCGGAAACAUGGAACACAUGACUGCUGGAGGCAACUGCCAGACCUUCUCAUCCUCCACAGUCAUCUCCUACUCCAAUACGGGUGACGGUGCCCCCAAGGUCUACCAGGAGACGUCAGAGAUGCGCUCGGCACCAGGCGGGAUCCGGGAGACUCGGAGGACUGUGCGGGACUCGGACAGUGGACUAGAGCAGAUGUCCAUUGGACAUCACAUCCGAGAUCGGGCUCACAUCCUCCAGCGCUCCCGAAACCACCGCACAGGGGACCAGGAAGAGCGGCAGGACUACAUCAACCUGGAUGAAAGCUGUCCACAGGUGGUGUCUGGUCUCUGUCUUCUUCAGGUGAGGCCGCAGCAUUUGAUGAUGAAUGGCGGAGAGAGACCUCCCGAUUCCGGCAGCAGCGCCCUCUGGAAUUUCGAAGGCAUGAGGCUUCAGGGGGUGGAGGCCGAAGGACCGAGGGGCCUCCCCGCCUGGCCAUACAGGCACCUGAGGACUCCCCCUCCCGACAGUCCCGCCGCUAUGACUGGUGAGGGCCCUGGGCCCUCAGCCUCUCUUGACUCCUCAAAUACUUCCAGACACAACCAAACUUCCAUCUUACUGGCCUUGAAUCAGCCUCAAGCUCUCCGUUCUUCCAGCUACCAACUAUCAUCUUUCACCCUGUCAUCGCUCAGUUCACAGACCAACAAGUAGAAAGAAAUGUUUUGGGCCAUUCUGAUCCCGUCCCCCUUGCAGUUUGAGAUUUUCCCUCCUUCUGUGCUAACAAAGGGCUUCUGGUUCUAGUAACACCUUUUACUCAAUGACGCCUACUCAGUACCCGAGUUAUAUAUAAACAGGCUACCCAGAGAACGAGGGCUGGUCUCCUAGCCCACAUAUUCCAGGCCAUUUAACUUAAUAUACCUAUCCUGCCCUUAAGCUCCCAGUCCUGGGAAUGAGGCUGAAGGAGCAGCAAGAGUCAAGGAUUCCUUCUCUUGGGCCAUUCCAGUUGGGCUAGGAACAAGAAAAAAGUAGUCUUUCCCUUUCUCUCCCUUAGACAUCACUGGGGGGCUUCAGAUAGGAGAGGUGGGAGCCAGGUGAAGCCGCACUAGAGGAGGAGAGAUGACGAUAGGGACAGUUGGGCAGAGGAGUUGCUGAAAGAUAAGAGUAGACUUUGUAUAGCUGGUUCCUGUAAGGAGCCUCCCAACUUGCCUCCAUCCCUGGGGAGAACCGGCGGGGGGCAUGG